GCGACCGUGGACCGACCGUAUUUACUCGAAUCUUCUAGAUUUGUCCGCCGUAUCACUGUAUCUAUAUAGUAUAUGCUGUAUCACGAGUGUUCGCUGAUUGUUUUCCGACUUGCCGUGUGCUAUACACUUAUAGUAUUUUAUUUGCAGCUGGUCCGACGGUCGCGUCGGAUGCGUUUUCUUCUAGCGGUCAUCGUUAUUUAUUAUUAUUUUUAUCAUUAACAUUGUAGUAUACUCACCCCCAGACCCAUCGACGUCGCUGUUUUUAUUACCGUACCUAAAGGUUUUCUGUUUUCCGACCCUUUCCGGCGAUCGUCAGCACGGAUUUUCCAUCCGCCGCCGUUUUAAUCGACUAUUCGCGGACGUCCAUUGAUAUUCUCUCGUAAAUUGCACCAGGGACGAUCGAUGCCGUGUCUAGAGUAAUAUGCCUUUUGCUGAUCGUCGGGAUCGUAAUAAGUCAAAGUUGAGCGAUCGUAUUCGCGGCAAAUCUACGGACGAAAUUUUGGAAGAAAUCAACAGAGAGUUCGGCAACACAGGCGGGAAUAGCAUGUUUUUCGACAAAUCUGACUCCAGGACUUCUCCUCCAAGGGAAGAAUUUCCGUUUGAUGAUGACAUGCUAAGAGGUCAUUUGAGUGUCCGCUCACAUUUAGAAGAUUUAGCCAAAAGACACCCAGAUCUCGCCGGUCAUUUGCGUUGUCCACCUUGGGGAGGUGAACCUAGUUCGAAGAGUUGGAGUCGUAAACGCACAGUGUCUGGAGAAGAUAACGCACCUGAGGGACCAUCAGAUCUUAACCAUAAUUACAACGAUCGAACUGAUUCUAGUCCCGAUAAAAAACGAUUUGAAGAAAACAUGGAUAAGCAACACCAGCAUCCGUUUGAAAAUAAUUCAAGAUCUCAGGAAAAUGAUGAUAAACCUCAAAGAUUUGUAUCUAAACUAGAAUUUACACCAGUAAAUCCUAUUAAUAAUCAAUCUGAAAAUAUUCAGCCACAGACACAAACACAACCUCAAACUGAUGCUUCUACAACAUCACACGGAAAUCAAAAACAACCUAAUGUGCGACACAUUCCGAUUUAUGUGGAAGGCCGUUCUGAACCUGUAUAUCCAAAGAAUGUUGAUCAACGAUUUAAUGAAAAUAAUAGCUCAACUUUGCCAAAACGAUCUGCCGGUAAACAAACUCCAUUUGCACAACAUCAUUCCUUCCAUGAUCAAAAUACUGCACAACGCCGUCAAACACCUCCUUCCCAAAAUCGUCAGCAAACUCCUCCAAAUGAAACUAGAUCUACUCCUCCGCCCGCUCAGCGCCAACAAGUAAAACCAGUAGAUGCUUUGGAAAAAGUGCAAAUUGUUCAAGCCGAUGUAGAAGAAUUGGCGGUAGCUGUUAAUCAAUUUUCAGGUUCCUUACGUAGUGAUAAACAAUAUAUUUAUUUGGAUGAGAUGCUUACAAGAAAUUUGAUCAAGCUAGAUACCAUUGAAACUGAAGGAAGAGACGAUGUUCGUGCAGCUAGAAAAAAAGCAAUCAAAACUAUCCAGGAUACAAUUUCUAUUUUAGAAAUUAAAGCUCCUCAACCCCAAGAAGAAUCGACAGGUGAAGAAUUAUCCUCAAAUUCAACUGAAACUGUCCCAGCUGAAAAUGAGACUUUAGAAACUGAAAAAGUAGAAAGCAAUAAUUAAAAUGUAAAAACCAUACCAGUUCAGUUCUAUACAAAAUAUGGUUUAUUAUUAAAGUUUUUAUUUUUUCUGUUUAACAAAAUAUUCAAUAACUAUUGUUCCAAUAUUUAAUUUACAUAUAAGUUUGUUUCUUGCCUGUCAUAUUUUUUUUUCAACUUUCGUAGUUUUUAUUAAUUAAAACAUUUUAUUGUAAUAAUAAUUCUGUGUGAAGACUGGAUACACUGAAAAUGAAUGUGCUUAAAUAUUCAAAUUGUCUUUAAGAUUAUUUUUAGUAGAAGAAAUCAUAUUUUUAAAAUUACACUUAAAAUGAGUUUUUAUUUGUAUAUCUUAAAAACAAAUAAUAUUAGUUAUAAAAGAUUGUAAAAAAAUAUUUUGCCUUAUAUAUUUUUUUUAAGAUUGUGAUGUGAUCAUAUAUAUAUUUAUUAUUAAUAUAAUAUGUGUGUGUGUGUGAAAUAUGUCAUAGUGUCAAAUGAUUUAUUUUAAACUGGAACAUUUUUUUACUAACCAACAUAAUGUGAUAGAACGUAAUCAAACACAGACUUGAUUAGUUAUCAAUCAUUUGUUAAGGAUAUUAAGCAUUGUUAAAAUCGUUGAAUUUUAUUUUAUAGAUUACAAAUUUUGCUUAAGCUAAAUCUUUUGAACUUCACUGUUUUAUAUUUUAUUUAAAUAAUGUAUUAGAUUAUUUCUAUUAUAUAAGUCAUGUAUAUAACAAUUUAAUAACAAUUUUAAUGUUAAUAUUUAAUUUGAUAAUCUUAAUGUAAUUGUUAAAUAAAUUCAAAAACUGAAUUACAACA